AAAUUAUUGCCUGUCGCCGAUCGCCCUGUGUCGCUAUCGUAAUCGUAAUCGCAAUCGCAAUCGCAAUCGUAAUCGCAGUCGAUCUUCAAUAUGUCUUUUGGGAACAUUGGAAACACAUCGGACUUGGAGUGCGAUAAGAAUGAGUACCCGAGGCAGCGUCCUACGGGCAUUGUGACCAAGGUGGCUGCCCACAAGCUCUCCUCGGAGCCCAAAUGGGCCGACAAGCGGGAUGAUGAUUCCGACUCGGAGGUCUCAUCGCCAGAUAAUUUUCUAACCAAAGGCGCCUUUCUACUGACACCCUCCUAUGAACUAUCCAUGGAACGGGCGGCGCUCAUCUGUGAGAAGAUGAGCUUCAAGGGAUGCUUCAGCCUGACGAAAACCGCUACAGGAAUUUUGUUUAAAUUCUCACAUCCAGAUGACUACCAGGCGGUGUUCAAGAAGGGCUUCCACAAGGUCACCGGAGCGCGUUUCUAUCGCAAGCAAUCGUUUUCGCGCAGCAUUGCCAUACCAUGUCGGCCGCGCAAGACCUUUACGCUCUAUGUGCUGGAUGUGCCAGAGGAUUUGCCCGUUGAGGAUGUACGUCAUGCCAUGUACAAGUUCGAUUCGGUGGUCGAGGUGGUGCGCUUGCACAUCUACUCGAGCCCAUCGAGCAGCAGCAGCAGCAGCAAUGUCAACGCCAAUGCCUCCUCCGCCGCCGCUGCCGCUGCCGCCGCAGCUGCCAGUGCCGAGAAGAGUGCGGAAGGUGAGCAGACACUACGCAGAGCUGCUGCCCUCCGAAGUAAUGUACUCUCCAAAAUUGGCGGCUCGAAGAUUCUUGGCAGCUUGAGCGGCUCCGUUGUGGGUGAUGCCAUCGAUAAGGCCGAGCGACCGGAACGCCGAGAGCUACCCCCGGCUGUUAUCCGCAUCACACUGGCCUCGAUGGACGAAUACAAUGUUCUGCUGCAGAAUGGCCUCAACUUUUACGACGCCACGUUCUUUCCCACUGAGGCCAAUAUCUCACUGAAGGGCGCCAGGAUUGACUACAAGCGGAGAAUGCUCGAUGGCUCGAUACCGGGGCGUGUGCGCGAACUUUUGCCCGUAUUUGAUGCGGCUGGCUUCUGCAAAUUGCCUCCACCCACCAGUAAGCUAAUUAAGCCACCGAGGUCAUGAAUCGAUACGAUCCCCAGCGAUGCCAAUACACACAACACCAUGUUCCGGCUAGAUAAGCAGAGUACUCGGGCUCCCCCCCACCAAUUUGACGACAAAAAGAUUUCGAUGCGGUUUCAUUAUGCUUUCAGUUCUUCACCUUCAAUUUUAACUUUAAUGUUUACCCUUUACCCAUGCUCUCUAUAUACCAUAAACCAUAAACUAUAUACAUAAUAUAUUUAAUUAAAUAUAUAAAUGUUCAGUGUAUGGAUUGCCUAUGCCCUAUGUCGUAUGCCCCAACGUACGUUUCCGUUCUAGACAUAAUAAUUCCUCUUUUGGCUACCAUUUUUCAUCUUCUUUCCAUUUCUAUUCUCUCUCUCUCUGUCUCUGUCUUAUACAUUUUUUUUUUGUUUUGUUUUUUUUGCUUAGUUUUAUUAUUAAAGGCCCGUAUAUGGCAUAGCGUCUAAUUUGUUUGAUUGUCUAACAAAGAAAAAGAAAAAACAUAA